AUGGCUCCUCUGCUUAUCGCCCGCAGGUUCCAAGGCUCCUUCUUGCCCGCUCCACCUUUUACCAUCAAGGACUUGAAUGAGUCCACACUUGAGGCCAAGUACGCUGUGCGUGGUAAGAUCCCAAUUCGUGCUGACGAAUUGAGGUCGCAGCUCGAUUCAAACGAGAAUCAUGGCUUGCCCUACGACCGCAUUAUCAGUGCCAAUAUUGGCAACCCUCAGCAAUUGGACCAGAAACCUUUAUCCUGGUACAGACAAGUCUUGUCAUUGACCCAAUACCCUAAUCUCAUCAGCAAAAUUGAGAAGUUAGAACCUACCGUUAGAGAUCAUUUGUACCCCGCAGAUACGGUUCAGCGUGCAAGAAAGCUUCUAAAGUCCACAGGAUCCGUGGGUGCCUAUUCCCACUCUCAAGGUGAUGCCGGCAUUCGUCAAUCUGUUGCCAACUUCAUUGAAAGAAGAGACGGUUACCCUGCUGAUCCAAAUGAUAUCUUCUUAACCAGUGGUGCCUCUGCUGCAGUCUCAUACUUGAUUCAGGUCUUGUCCUCGAGCGAUAAGUCUGGUUUCUUGAUUCCUAUUCCUCAGUACCCAUUGUACACUGCUUCUAUUGCUUUGAACAAUGCUGUUCCAAUUGGAUACUUCUUGAAUGAGGACAAGCAGUGGUCUACUGACCCAGAACAAAUUCGUGACUUGAUUGCAGAGAAUAAGGAAAAGGGUGUCCAGAUCAAGGCAUUGGUUGUAAUCAACCCAGGUAACCCUACUGGUGCCAUCUUGAAAGAAAACGACAUUGUCGAGGUCAUCAACAUUGCUGCUGAACACGGAAUUGCCAUCAUCGCCGAUGAAGUCUACCAGGAGAACGUGUUCCAUGGCGAAUUCAUCUCUGUGAAAAAGGUUUUGGCCAAAUUACUUGGAAGUGAUCACGAACUCUACAAGAACGUCCAGCUUGCAUCCUUGCAUUCCACCUCUAAAGGUGUCAGUGGUGAAUGUGGUCAGCGUGGUGGAUACAUGGAGUUGGUGGGUUUCACUCGUGAGGUACGUGACAUCAUCUUCAAGCUAGCUUCCAUUAAUCUCUGCUCCGUUGUUUCUGGUCAGAUUCUUGUUGAGCUCAUGAUCAACCCACCCGUGAAGGGUGAUCCAUCUUACGAGUUAUAUCACCACGAGACCCUGUCGAUCCACAGAGACCUUCAAAAAAGAGCUCUGCUGUUGUAUGAGGCUUUCACGAAGAUGGCUGAUGUGGACUGUCAGAAGCCACAAGGUGCUAUGUACCUCUUCCCACGCUUGAACUUCUCAAAGGAUCAGUACCCUGCAUUAUACAAGAAAGCUGAAGAGCUAAACUUGACUAUUGAUGAGUUCUACUGCACUGAGUUGUUGGAGAGGACUGGUAUCUGCUGUGUUCCUGGUAAUGGUUUCGGUCAGGUACCAGGCACCGCACACUUGAGAACGACAUUUUUGCCUCCAGGAACUGAGUGGAUAAGUAGCUGGGCUGCUUUUCAUGAGAAGUUUGUGCACACUUAUAAACAUUAA